AUGUUUCUUAAACAUAAUGAUUUAGCUAAAAACCUUUUGCUAUCUUAUUGUUUUAUUUACUUAUUAUGUAAUUUUACUGUUAAUGGAUAUAAUAUUAUUUAUUCGAGCAGCAAAAAUGAUCUGCAAUAUAAAAACUUUGACGUAAAUUCAAGUCAUGAUGGAGCACUUGUAAUAAAAAUCUUUGACGAUCAUAACAGCAAUAACUAUAAAGGAAUUCAUACACUUUUACCAAAUGGAUCUACCACAUAUAUAGACCUUGAUUUUGCGAAUAAAAGUAUCAAUAUUGAUCGUAUAUUCCCUUUAACUAUGAGCCUUUAUUUUCUACUUUAUGAUGAUGUUGUUGAUGGCAGCAAGCAGGUCACUGGAAUGUUAAUAGAUUGGAAUAAUCAUAUUAUAAAAGAGUUUUCUGUAUUUUCAAUGAUUGAUGGAAAUUAUGGGUUUGUUACAACAGAAGCAUUAUCUGUUAAUUAUAGCACGUUAAAUACAUCUGUAUCAACAAUCUAUUUACAUUAUAGUCUUUUAUCACUCUCAACUCUCAGUAUUUCUGAAAAAUUUUUACUUUAUUCAGCGAAAAAUGUUAACAAUAUAGUAUUUAUUUCUUGUUCAUCAAGUUACAGUGAAGAUGGAAAUAUAUGCAUGAUGACAUUAGACGAAAAUUUUACGAAACAAAUUAUUACAACAUAUCAAAUUGUUUUCUUGUCAUCUGGCUCUGUUACUAAAUUAAAUAUACGAUAUAUUAACAUUAAUAUAGAAUCAUAUUAUAUUUUACCUUUAUUUUAUGGUGGAUCAAUUAUAACUAGUUGGUCCACUACAGCAUCCACUACAGCAUCCACAGAUCCUCCUGAGAAUCCUAAUAUUAAUUUAAAUUUUGAAAUUGUUUCUGAUAAUGCUCUUCGUAAUUUGAGUGGGCAUAUUAUUCCACUUAAUAACAAUGACAGUGAAUAUGAAUGGGAUUUAAAUCCGAUCGCAACAUUUUCAAAAGCAAUGUUUGACAUAAUGAUGAAUAAUACUUACAUAUUAUAUGUAGCAUAUAAUGAUAGUAGUUGGGACAUUUUCAGCAAGAAUGUGGAAAAAUUCAGAAAUGACUCUGGUUAUGAAAAUCCGAAUGUUAUUUCAACUUAUCCAAAAAUUAAAGAUACUAUCUCACCACGUAUAAGUUCUAUAAGUCUAACACUUUCAAAUCAGAUCUCUAAAUCAUCGAAAAAGCUCUAUAUUUAUCAAAUUAAUACAACUACUAACCAAUACCAGUUUAGACAAUUUUAUUCUGGAAAUUCCGAAAAUUGCACAGUUCAAAAUAAUACAAUUUUAUGUGAUAUUUCACAAAGUAUUAUUAAUCGAUGGAAUUCUUCUUAUGCAAUUGUGGUGGACAAUAAUUUUAUAAAAUUUGCUUCAACGGAUGAACCUAUUUAUGGUAUUGCAGAAAAAAUAUGGACAUUUAAUACUAGUUCACGUUCAGCUACGGUUAUUGUACGCUUAACCCAUGAAGGAACUGGAGUUUAUGAUUCUCUUUCAGAAUCUGAAAAAUCUAUAUUUUUAAAUAGUUUAUUAAAUGAACUAAUUGAAAGCAUUCCUACUACUCCUGGAAGAUUAUUAUUAACAAAUCGAAUACAAUAUGAUCCAUCAACAUCUCCUGCACAAUAUUUAUUGCAAAUUGAAAUUUCGGGAUCAUCUGAUCUUUAUCAAGUAUCCGUACCUCAUAUAAUCAAUGAUAUGGAAUCAUUGAUAAUAAAUAAAGAUACUUCAAUAAUGUCAUUUAAUAAUCAUACAAAGUAUUUAGAUUCUUCGUAUGGAGUUAAAAUAAAUAUAAAUUUUUGGGAUGAAAUAAAAUACAAAUUACUUGGAGCAUCAAUUGGAUUACUUAUUUUAAUUUUGGAUAUUUUAUUUAUUGUGAAAAAUGGAAAAGACGUUCCUUCACUAUAUUUGCCCAGCAUUAUUAUAUUAUGUUUUGCAAUAUUGACUAAUUUAUCUGCUGCAAUUCUAUUCAUAAGUUAUGAAUUAAAAUAUAAUAAGUUAUUUGCUAAAUGGAUUUAUAAAUAUAUAAAUAUUGUUCCGAUAUUUGUUAUACUUUCAGGAUCGAAUGUAAUGAUAUUGGAUUUUUUAACUUCAAAUUUUGGUGGAUUUGAAUUAUUUGAUGCUCCAUUUUUGGAUUGUACUAGAAUUUGGAUCUUUUGGGGUUCUAUUGCUAAAACUAUUAUAGAAAAUAUUCCUCAGUUUAUUAUACAGAUUUUAUACUUUCAAAAUACGGUCAAAUAUGAGGCUAUUCCAUUUUUAACAUUAGUAACCGGAUCUAUUGUUUUGUUAAAUGAUAUUAUUUUAAAAUUAUUUAAAUUUAUUAAUAAGGCCAUAAUGAAUAUGGCAGCUAAAAAAGGUUUGCUUAAUUUAAAGCUAUCAACAAAUAAUAAUGAUCAAUUGUAUAAUGAUGUUUUAGAGCUUUUACAUAGUAAGAAUCUUAGUUGGGAACAUGGAACACAAAAUUCAAUUGGUAUAUCAUUUAUUAAUGAACUUGUAUCUCUCCUUUAUUAUUUGGAUAAUAAGCACAAAGCUCUUAAAUUAUGUAGUCUUAAAAUACCAUCAGUAUUUCUUCAAUUACUAUUAAAUUAG